AUGACAUCCGUCGACGAGCUCUUCAAGAAGCCCAAUCUUCCCCUUGGCUCCAACAAGCGCAAAUUCGAAGAGCCGAACGCCCAAGAAGUCUACAAAGCGAGCAAACUCUCCGACGGUUCAUCACCGCAUGGAAAUGGCGCUUCAGUAGAAGACGCAGAGGACGAUGAUGACCUCGAAGCUGGACCUGAACUCCCUCCCGAAGACGACGAUGGUGACGACGAAGAUGGAAGAUUCUUUGGCAGCGGAGUGACCCGCGAUGCAGCAGAAGCUCUCGACUACAUCAAUGAACAAGAUGGAGAAACCUAUACGGAGGAGAAGAUCGACUCUGCAUGGCUAAGGCGACUAGCGAACACGUUUGAGAAGAAGGUCAGCAAGAAUGCGGAAUUGCGGGCAAAAUUUGAGACGGAUCCGGCGAAAUUCAUGGGGAGCGAAGCAGACUUGGACGCUGAGAUCAAGAGCUGGAGUUUGUUGGGUGAGCACCCAGAAUUGUAUCCUGAAUUUGCGGAAAGUGGGAGUGUCGCAAGCUUGGUUGGGUUACUGGCUCACGACAACACGGACAUUGCGAUAGGAGCGAUUGAGAUUAUCUCUGAGCUGCUUGACGAGGAUGUUGAAGCUGAGCAAGAGCAGUGGGAUGUGUUAGUGUCCGCAUUGCUCGAUGCUGAUCUUAUGGAUCUGCUCAUGAGUAAUCUUGGACGCCUUAACGAAAAAAUUGAAAGUGAUCGGAGUGGUGUUUAUCACAGUCUUUCUGUGAUGGAGAGUCUGGCAGGACAGCAGACGAUCGCAGAGAAGAUUGGCACGGAAAAGGUUUUGAUGUGGCUGUGCAAUCGAAUCAAAUCGGCCGAGAAGCCCGUCGGCCAGAAUAAACAGUACGCGGCGGAGGUGCUGCAGGUUCUGCUUCAGUCAUCAUCCCUGCUACGAAAACGGCUAGCUAUCGAUAUUGAUGGUAUUGACCUCUUCCUCCAAUUGCUGGCAGCAUAUCGGAAACGGGAUCCACAGAAAGAUAGCUCGGAAGAAGAGUAUGUCGAAAAUCUCUUUGAUGCGCUUACGUGCGUUGUGGACGAAGCAGAGGGCAAGACAAAGUUCGUCGAAGCCGAAGGCGUCGAGCUAAUGCUCAUAAUGCUCAAGGAAGGCACAAAAACCAUAUCGCAACGAGGGCUUCGAGUGCUGGACCAUGCAACAAAUGGCCAAGGACUCGCAUCUUCCCAGGUGUGCGAGAAGAUCGUUGAAGCCGCAGGACUGAAGACAACCUUCAGCAUGUUCAUGAAGAGCAAAGACCUCGCGAAUAUCGAGCAUCUACUCGGCAUAUUCUCAGCUCUACUUCGACUACUUCCCGGCGAGUCUGCGGCGCGGAUCAGGACGCUGGCGAAGUUUACUGAGAAAAAGCACGAGAAGAUCACAAGAUUAUUGCAACUGCGCAGCGACUAUGCACGGAGAGUCGCUGCUGCAGACAAAGAGAUCAGAUUGGAGCAAAAAACGCUUUCAGACGACGAAAUUGAGGAACGCGAAGCCGAAUUUUUCUCAAGGCGUCUGGAUGGUGGACUUUUCUGCUUGCAGAUGACUGAUGUAACUCUUGCCUGGCUGGUAGCAGAAGACCCGGAAGUGAGGACGAAAGUCUCAAAAGAACUCGAAGGUGGACUCGCUGUGAUCAGAACUUCGUUGGCAGAACAAAAGCAAGGUCUUGAAGGAGGCGACGAAGAUACCGAAGAGAUGUUGGAUACCUUGAUCGGGUUCUUGUAG